AUGUGGAUACCCCUCGCCGUGCAGUCACUGUCCUUCGGCGGGAUUGAGCCGUUUUUCGAGCGGGUCAUCCAGCAGAAGCUGCUCGAGCACAACGAGUUUGCCUUCUACCUGAACGUGGACAGCACGAAGCCGAGCGCGCUGCUCUGGGGAGGCAUCGACCAGAGCCUGUACGAGGGCCCCCUGCGCAUGUUUCCAGUGGUGCAGGCUGGGGCGGACGGUGCCGCUGCUGCUGGCCUCCUUCCCCACUGCUCGUCGUUUGAGCUGACCUUGGCCACAUCGUGA